UUGCAAUGUAAUUGAACAUUGUAUUAUUUACUUAAAAAAAAGUUUGCUACCUUAUCUUUUUAUAUCAGACUAUGUCUAUAUACAUUUUGGAACAACCGAGUUUGAAAAACCGAGUUUAACGAGAUAUUAAAUUAUCACUGAAACCGACAUUCAAAUCCGAAUUUCGUCAUUCAGGUUGAUUAAAGUAAGAUGAUCUGCGCUAAAUACUCCUUGUUUUCUUCUCUUCUUGAGUUGUUUUUCAUUCAGUUUCGUCAGCAUUGUCGUUAGGCAUUUGCAUAGGAGACAAUAAUAGUUGAACAAGACAAUAAAAAAGAUCGCGCGGAGAUUGGGAUUGGGCUGUAAUGGAUAGGUCAAACAUCAAUGGAUGGGGAGAGCUUGAGCCCCGAAGGGGGUCCGGACACCCCGCCAAACACCCCUGUUACACCAUCACACAAGACUACGGUGGAGCAUCACAGGCAGUGGAGGGAAUUGGACAAGUCCGAACCAGAGCCGGCCGCCUGUUUAGGUCAGCAUCAUCACCAACGUCAUCAUUGCCACGACCAUCAUCAUCAUCACCACCAUCAUCAUCAUAGCUCCCAUAAGCAUCACCAUGACGGUCAUUUCCCCGCGUUCGAAAAGAAGCUGUCGUACGAUCUUCAGGGCAUCUGUGAUGUCAAAGCUCAGCCCAACAACUAUGCCUCGUCGAUAUAUUCAUGCUACCAUGCCCAUUGGUGCGUUGCUUCUGUAUCCUCGACGCCACGCUCCAGUCCCAUUCCCGCGAGUCCGACCCUCUCCUCCCUCUCAUCGAACUGUAGCAGCGAAGGAGAGCUCGGGUGGCAGCAGCCGUUACGUCCGCGGACCACCACCGAGAAUGAUCCAGAUCGAUCUACUCGCAAAUCGGUUGGAGGUGAUGAUGACGACGAUGACGAUGACGAUGCGGACCAAAACAACGACCAAGACCAAGACCAAGAUCAUAGUGGCAAUUUGCCGAAUCCAGGUACCCGUCCUGCCACUGCCGGCCGAUACGAGACCGUCGUUCCUUUCUCUUUUUCCUCCUCCUUCUUCUUGAUACAUAGCUGCAAAGCUUUGUUCGUCCCGUGCACUACGUGUCUCGAUGAUCUAGCGACUUAAUCAUUAUCGUGUUUUCCUGGGAGGUAAACGCAGAAAAAAUUGAUAAAAAACAGAGAGAGAUUGUCAGAAUAGAAAUACUCGUUAUAAUUUACAGGAUGGUAAAAACACUUGAAAAAAUCUGGAAAUAAAAGUAGAGAGAAAAAAAGAAGUAAAGGAAAAAUUUUUAUUAUAGUUUCAAAUUUUAUAUUGUAAAUAUAAUAUAGACAAAC